GGUGAUUCGAUUUCACAGUCUCGUAAAAUUUUGAACCAAAUAUAAAAUGGCAUGAGCAGUUCAGGCACCUUCAAAACAACAUGUGAACAUUAUUAAAAAUCUACGUACUAAAGAUGUUUUUCCUAAAACUGUUUCCUCUGCUGGUAUUGUGCAAUAUCAACAGCAUCAGGACCAAGGAGCCAGAGAUUACCCUGAGUGUCAUUUUGACGAAAGGAACAAGAAGUCCAUGGGGCCUGGUUAAAACCGAGAAAGCGAUAGAAAUGGGGAACCGGAGACUGCGAGAACUGUUGGCAGGCCUCGCUACGAUUAAAAGCCAUACAGUCACGUCUGAAUAUAUAGGCUGCAGCAGAAAAGACAUCGGCGCCUUAGGCGCCGAGCUUUAUCACGUUAGAAACACAUCGGUGUUCAUUGGACCAGGUUGCAGUAGCGGGGUUGAUGUAGUGGGGAGAAUGUCGACCUCCUGGAACAUCCCCCUCCUCACCCCCGUCGGGAUCGACUCCCUGUUCGACAACAAAACCGUCUUUCCCACCCUGACACGUCUGUCCUUUUCGUUUGAUGGGAUCGGGCGUUUUUACCUGAAGCUGUUUGAGAAGUUUGGUUGGACGGACAUUGCUUUGUUAACUGAUUACUACGUCAGCACUGGUGCUGCCAUGGUGGGUCUUCAGAGUGAUUCUCUGGUGCGAGUUUUCUCAAAGUCGGAGCUUCGGACUACGUUAAUAGUAAACCACGACCUCAGUCUUAAAGCCGCCUUAACCAAAGCAACGAAAGUGUCAAGAGUGAUUGUCUCGGUCGUCGGCAUUCGUCGUUUACGAGUCUUGCUGUUAGAAGCUCGUGAAAUGGGUAUGACAAACGGGGAUUACGUUUUUCUUUUUUUCAAAUCAUACUCCCCUCUUUUGACUGACAUAUGGUAUGUAGAGGGAGACAAAAAUAACGAUGCUGCAAAAGAAGCAUUUAACGCGCUACUUGUUUCAAUGCCGACCGUUCGAAGAAGUCCCGCUUUCCUAGCCUUCGACCAAGAGCUGAAAAACUACUCACUCGCAAAAUUUGACUUUGAUUUCGACACUGAAGGAGCUGAUGUCAAUCACUACAUAGUUGCUUACCACGACGCUUUUCUUAUUUAUGGUAAAACAAUAAAGGAGAUGAUAAUCGAAGGAAUGGAUAUUUUUGAUGGUCGUCAAGUUACGAGGAGGAUUAGGAACAAAACAUACCAUAAUCUCAUAUCUGGAAAUCUCAGGAUAAACGACAACGGCGAUGCAGAGAAAGACCUGUCAAUCUACGACUUGGAUCCAAAUGGCGAUAUCAGCAGUGUAGGAGUAUAUGCUGGCGAUGAAGCAGUGGUAUACAUGAACUACAGUCAGGGCAUUCAUUGGCCCGGAAAUAAGGGGCCACCUAAAAACAGACCUAGGUGUGGUUUUACCGGAGACGAUCCUAUUUGUUUUCCUGAAGAAUCAGAUUUUCUAGCGGCAGUUGUUACCGCUACAUUCUCCGUGGUAUUUGUGACCGUUUUCAUAGUGGGGACUUUCACCUACAGACAUCUAAAAUUGCAAAUGGAUUUACAAAACAAUUGGUGGAGAAUACCCUGGGAGUCUUUGAAAUCGGUGUCCGAAAGGGAGUCGUCGUGUAUUAUGAAUUCAAAACUCUCAAUGAUUCACAUGAAUAGUUCCGAGCAUGAUGAACCGAAGGACAAAAUGAAUAAAUAUUUCAAGGGUUCCAUUGUUUCUGUGUCAGUCACUAAAGUAAGACAUUUCCACCCUUCGAGAAGCCAGCUAAUGGAUUUGCUCAAUCUAAGAAACGUCCACUGUGUGAAUCUCACAAAGUUUUAUGGUUUGACCCAAAAUAACACCAAACUGUACAUUGUUAGUGAAGCUUGUAGUCGAGGGACAUUAAAGGACAUUCUUCAUAACAGCAGUUUCAAAAUCAACAAGGACUUGCAGACCUCAUUAAUUUGCGAUAUGAUAAAGGGCUGUAGUUACCUUCACGCCAGCCCUGUGCGGUACCAUGGGAGCCUGACCAGUCAGGACUGUUUGAUCGACAAGCGAUUUGUUCUCAAAAUCACCGGGUUUGGACUUCCAGAAAUUCGAACCAGCGACCACAAAACGGAUAAACAACAACUGUUUUAUGUGGCCCCAGAAGUUUUGAGAAAUGCCAUCAGAGAACCCAACUUCCUGGUAUUCCAAUCAGCUGAUGUCUACAGCUUUGGGGUCAUACUAUACGAGAUACUGACCAGGAAAGAACCAUUUGAAGAUGAUUUGCAGUAUUCAUCAAUUGACGAAAUUAUUGAAAAGAUCAAGUCCAUCCCAAGCUUUACGUCUCCAUUUAAAGCCGAUGUUGAGGAAUAUGUAGAAAAUUCACUCCUAAACCUGAUGUAUUCAUGCUUGGAGGGAGAGGCAGAACACAGACCAACGUUUGCAAAGAUAUCGAAAGAGUCAAAGAGGAAUAAAUGGGGUAUAUCAGGAGAAAACUUUCUGGACAUCCUACUUUUUCGAAUGGAGGAAUAUGCAAAUAACCUGGAACAUAUCGCCGAGGAAAGGAUGCAUGCCUUUCUGGAUGAAAAACGCAGGUCUGAUGAGCUUCUAUAUCAGGUUCUACCCAGGAGCAUUGCACGUGACCUUAUUCGUGGUCACAAAGUGGAGGCCGAGGCGUACCAGUGCGUGACGAUAUACUUCAGUGAUAUUGUCGGAUUCACCGCCAUAUCUGCAAUGAGCAAUCCUAUGCAGAUUGUGGACAUGCUGAAUGAUUUGUACACUUGUUUUGACACAGUGUUAGAAAAUUAUGAUGUCUACAAAGUAGAGACAAUUGGUGAUGCCUACAUGGUUGUUUCCGGUUUACCUCUGCGCAAUGGCAAUGGACACGUCACAGAGAUCGCAAAGAUGUCGGUUGCUAUAUUGGACAGUGUCAAUGACUUUCACAUUCGACAUCUGCCAGACGUGAAAUUGCGUGCUAGAAUAGGAAUUCAUUCGGGCCCAGUGUGUGCCGGAGUGGUAGGGAAGAAGAUGCCCCGGUACUGUCUUUUUGGAGACACCGUUAACACCGCGUCCAGGAUGGAGUCAAAUGGGGAAGCCAUGAAAAUUCACGUGAGUUCAACGACCCGAAACCUUCUUCAAUCGAGCGACUUGUUUGUUUUGCAGGAACGUGGAUCUAUAGCAAUAAAGGGGAAAGGGGACAUGACCACGUACUGGUUGAUGGCAAGGGAGGCAACCCUGUAAUUUAAAAACCAGCAAUUUAGAGUUUACACUAGUACUACUGCAGUUAGUUUGAAAAUAACUGUUACUUUUGUGUAAACCAUACACAAGAAAAACAAGAAAAUGAUUUUACGAUUUGAAUAUAUUGUUAUAAUUGUGUUGUCAGUGCUUAUUUUAAUAAAAAUGGGGCGCAUGAGGCAUUCUAGAGACACAUUACGUACUCUUGAACUUUUGUUUGUUUAUUUUUUAAAGUUAAAAUAUGAGUAUUAGAAACAGCACAACAGCUCGCAGUAUAUUUAUAGAAAAGCUGUGAUGUAACAUAUUCUGUUAUAUAGAUUCAUUCUGAAUUUUGCUUCGAAUUGUCCUAACUGAUACAUUGGAGAAUAUUACAUUGAAUUCGGUCGAGACGGAAGAUUUAGAUAAACCCUAUAAUUAAGGAAGGAGUCUUUUAAUUUGAUUAAGGAGUAUUUUAAUUAGGUUAAUUUGAUUUAAUAGUCAUUAAAUCAAGACGAAAUGCAAUAAAAUAUCAUAUUUUUCUUUCUUUUUUACAAUCAAACAACUCGGCAUAGAAAAAGUAUUCAAAGUUCAGAAUCUAACAAGGACUAUAUUUUUGGCGCAGCAUUGGCGUGGAAAAAUAUCACUUGGUUUUGCAAUUCAGAAUUGCUGUAGAUUCAUGAGUCUAGCAUUUUUAAAACAAUAACAUUAAUGUCAGAUUCUUUAAACACAUGUGAACUAAUGAUAAGGUACUUUGAUUUCAGAAUAUGUUUUUAAAAUAAAAUUUGCCUAUCAAUUAACAUUUUAUUAACUUGUAUAAGCGCUCAUUCUAUAAAAAGAUUUGUGUGAAAAAAAAUCACAAAAAUCGGAUUUUCUUUCUAAUUAAAUGGUCAAUAUAUUAGCUGUCAAUUUAUAUCUUUGUGUAAGGUCUUCAUAGUAUGUAAAAAUUAGAAAUAUUUUUAUAUUGGAAGCAUAAAAAAAUAAUCAAAAUAUCUUCAAAAUUUAAGAAAAUUAGAGGAAAUGCGGGCUAAGCAAUAUUAAUUUUUUUAAAUAUUAAUUCCAAUUUAGUCGUUUAAGCUGAUAGACAUUCUGAUAUUUUAUCAUUGCAUUGAAUAAUAGAAACUUAAUAUGUAACCAGAUGUCUACAAUACUGCAGAUAACUACAUUUAUUUUUAUCCUUUAAGUUAAGAAAAAAGGUAGUGACCUUGACCUUACCUCGACGCGAAAACAAGAAGGUCAAACUUGAUUAACCUGAUAGAAUCAUUUGGUUAUAUGGUCAAAAUUUUAUGAAUUCCUAUCAAAGAUACGUAACUCCUUCCAUUCUUUCAGUCUCUACAAAAGUUUUAUCACUUCUAUAAAUAAAGCCCCGUGCACAUGUUUCAAAAACUUGAGUCAGGGACAGAUAUGCGAAUGGAACUUCAGUAGUAUUGCAUACAAUACUAGUAUUGUCAUUUUACUUACAUACUAAUGGAGAUUUUUGCAAUAUUAUCAAUCAGUGAUUUUCAUUCCUACUGCCAGAGCUUUUGUCACAGUGUGAAAUUUAAUCUUUAAGACACGUUGUAAUUAUUCUGUAGAUAACGUUUUCGGAGUUUGUGCAAAUUGAAACGAAAAAGUAACUUUUCUUAUUGUGCAAUACUUAUUCCUUGUUUGUGACUUUGCACAUGUUCUGACAUCAAAUGCAUACAUUUCUAACAGAACAUGUAAAACCGUUUU